AUGAGUUCUUUGAAAGAAGAUGAUAAAUUUAUUCUUCACGAGUUAAAUUUUUUAAAUGGAAAAGGUAAGGAUUUGACACUAUUUCAUUAUACUCGAAGAGCUACUACCUUAGCUCUAUCAACUGCAACUCUCUUUCUUAAGGAUUUAAAGUUAGUAUUUCAGUUUAAUUCUAAUUUAUUUAUUCAGAAUGUGACAACUUUUCUAAAAUUUAAUUUACAUUAGAUUGAUAUAUAUAUUUAUAAUUUGCGAUAGGCUUCUAAUAUUGUUAAUUAUUUAUUGCAUUCUCAAAUUAAAGACAAUUAUAUUUGGGCUAUUCAUUUAAAACAUUAUCGUUUAAAUCACAAUCUUAAUCUAAUUCUUAUUACUGUGAUUACUAUUUCUCACGGACAGUACUUAUAAUAGUGA